AUGGCGGCGGGGGCGCCCGCAGCACGCAAGCGCCCGGCGCCGGACGAAGCCGCCACCCCCGCGGAUGCCGGCAAGAAGAAGAAGAAGCGGGCUCGCUACCAGUUCGAGAACAUCGACGACUACGAGAUGCUCGAGGAGCUCGGGGAGGGCAUCUUCGGCGUGGUGGCCAAGGCGCGGGACCGCCGCACGGGCGCGACGGUCUCCGUGAAGUGGAUCCGCGGCGACGAGUUCGACGGAGGCGGCGCGCCGAACCUCCCCGCGGUCGUGCGCGAGGCCGGCUGCCUCGCCGCGUGCCGCGGCCACCCCGGCAUCGUGCAGAUCAAGAAUGUCGCCAAGAGCGAGGAGACCGGCGACCUGUACAUCGUCAUGGAGCUCGCCGGCCCCAGCCUCCGCAGCCGGCUCGAGGGGCGGCCCUUCUCCGAGGACGAGACGCGCGACUCCAUGAGGCAGCUCCUGCGGGCCGUGGAGAAGCUGCACGCCACGGGGACGAUCCACCGCGACAUUAACCCUGACAACAUCCUCGUCGGCGCCGACGGAGCGCUUAAGAUCUGCGGCUUCGGAUGCGCGACGCCGGCGAGGCGCGUAGGAAAGACGUUCCUGGGAAAGCUCCAAGGCACGACGAUGCAGUACCGCCCGUCGGAGCAGCUGAUAUGCAGCCAGUGGUACGGGCCCGAGGGGGACAUCUAUGCGCUGGGGUGCGUGAUGUUCGAGCUCCUCACCGGCGAGCCCCUGUUCACGGCGACCACGGAGGAUGACAUGAUCGAGCAGACGCUGGAGCUGAGCGACGAGCUUCUCACCAUGGGAGUGGAAGCGUUCGACGACGUGAUAGACCACCUAUCCUUGGCCGGGCGCGAGGUCCUUGCUGGCCUGCUGAGCUACGACUCCUGGGAGAGGCCCACCGCGGCAGACGCACUUAAGCAUCGGUGGUUCACUGAGGAGGAUGUGGAGACGAAGCCCCCUGCUGCCGUGGAACCCGAGUUCCCUGGCUUCGUGCCGCUGUUUACACAAGCAUAG